AUGCCCGGAGGCGUGUGUGCCGUCCUCGACUAUGAGGUCGACAUGAUGUCCGAGUACGUUGCCGAGAUGGCCACCCGUGUCGUCACACCUGAGGCUGCUGUGACUUCGCCCUUCCGCAAGUUCGUGUCUCAGAUUCUCACCUCAACACGACUGCCCAGCACCACCAUCCUCCUUGGAAUGAACUAUCUCGCCAAGAGGAUCAACACCUUAAAGGGACAGGGUCCUUACAAGGCCUCCGAGGGACAAGUCUGGCGUUACUUGACCGUUUCUUUGCUUCUGGGAAGCAAGUUCCUCGAUGACAACACCUUCCAGAACCGCUCCUGGUCUGAGGUGAGUGGCAUCGCCGUCUCUGAGCUGAAUUCCCUCGAGUUUGAGUGGGUCGAGUCCAUGGGCUGGCGUCUCUAUGUCAAUCUUGACAUGAGCAAGGAUUACCAGGCUUGGCUCGAGAACUGGCGUGACUGGCAGGAAAUGAAGAAGCGACAGGUCGCCCAGGCCAGCCGCGAGAGGCUCGCAUCUGUUGUUCCUGCCAUCGACACCGACGUCGCCAGGUACUCUGGUCAUCGCCAGUCUCCUCAAUCGCGUUACCUCCAGGAACAGGUCGCCGAAUACGAGCGCUACCAGGCCAUGAAGUCCCAGCAACAGAGCUAUCGCCCACGCGAGUCUGGCUGGGGUCACACUUCUUGGGGAGCUCCUCUCACUCCUCCCGACUCUGGCUAUGGCACCCCAGACUACGCCAUGUCUGCUACUUCGAGCAACGACCGCUAUAACGAGUGGUUUUCUCAAGCCGCCGCACAAUACGCCAACCGAUACCCUCAACCCCCUGCCCACAGCACGUUCUACCCCAACUCGCGCCACAACUCCUACAGUGGUCACUACCACUACUCACAAAACAUGUGGGAGCAUGGUCUUGCUGAGUGCAGCUGCACUGGCUGCGUUGAUCCCAUGAAGCAGCAAGUUCCCUAUUUCGUGCCUCACGGCUACAGUCAACCCGUCAUGGGUUAA